AAGUCUCCAACUCACCGCAAAUCCAAGUGAACUUCACAUAGAAAUGCAUCGCCAGGGCAAUUCUAGUGACUAGAAGAGUUUCAAAGGGAAAAUUAUUCUCCAGUCGCGAAGAGAAGGAAGAAUCUUAUUCAGUUCCAAGGGAAAAUCAGCGAGAAAAUUCAAUACUUUACGCCACGUGACGGGAAGGGAGAAAUUCUCAUUUCCUGUGGGAGGCAGACCCGAUUUAAUCGCGAUUGGCCGUUCUUCUCUCGUCAGCCAGACGCACCCGCGACACAGGUGUUUUUUCUCGCGUUUGAUCAUUUUUAGUCGCUCAGUGAAGAUUCUUUUUUGGGUAAGAGAGGACGACGACUUAGAGAGGCUGUCACGAUGCACCUUCAUCUCGAGAGCUGCCCAAGCGCCAGAAGCGAUUGCCCCAUUCAUGCUCUCUCUUGGAUGGGCAAAGUCCCCGACGAUAUGCCUGAGGAAGAAGGCUGGAAGCUGAACAGAGUUUUGUACUAUCAAGAAGGCUGGCUCGCCACCGGCAACGCUCGCGGUAUCGUGGGAGUAACUUAUUCUUCAUCGCACUGUAAACGUGGCGUCGAUGUCCCCGCAAGGACCAACUACAACCUCCAUGGCCACAGAGCUGAGGUGAGAGAUGUGUCCACUGUCAAUCGUGACCUCCGCGGCCACAGAGCUGAGGUGAGAGAUGUGUCCACUGUCCAUCAUGAUCAACUACAACCUCUGCGGCCAAAGAGUAGAGGUGAGAGAUGUGUCAAUCACCACCAUCACUUACCUAAGCUCUCUGUGGCCAGAGAUCUGAGGUAA